UGGAGUAGAUCUAUUGUAUAUAAAUAUGGAGAGAGGGGCCGGAGGUGGUUGAGUUUAUGUUUUGUAGAAAUUAAUUAUAAAUAUAUACAGAGAAAGCGCCACGGUGUGUCAUGAGAGAAAUGUCGGCCAGCAGUAAUGCCAUGCAAGGAGGACAGCAGCAGCAGCCUCAAAAACAUUAUGGGAUCACUUCUUCAAUCAGCCUUGCUUUUCCCAGAGAACUGGAUCACAUUUACACACAGAAGUUAACAGAAGCAAUGAAACCCUUUGGGGUGUUUGAAGAUGAGGAAGAAUUAAAUCACAGACUGGUUGUUUUGGGUAAAUUGAAUGACUUGGUAAAGGAGUGGAUUGCAGAAAUAAGUGAAACUAAGAACCUACCACUCACCGCAAUUGCAAAUGUUGGUGGUAAAAUUUUUACAUUUGGGUCCUAUAGACUUGGAGUACACACCAAAGGGGCUGAUAUUGAUGCUCUCUGUGUUGCGCCUCGCCACGUGGAGAGACCAGACUUCUUUCAGUCAUUCUUUGAAAAGCUUAAACUACAUGAAGGAAUCAAAGAUCUAAGGGCUGUAGAAGAUGCAUUUGUACCAGUCAUCAAGUUUAAGUUUGACAGCAUUGAGAUUGAUCUUUUGUUUGCAAGGCUGGCUUUGCCAACUAUUCCAGACAAUUUGGACCUUCGAGGUGAUUCACACUUGCGAAAUCUUGAUAUAAGAUGCAUUCGUAGCUUAAAUGGUUGUAGAGUAACUGAUGAAAUUCUGCACUUGGUGCCAAACAAGGAGAAUUUCAGGCUGACCUUGAGAGCCAUCAAACUUUGGGCAAAACGUCGUGGGAUUUACUCGAACAUGUUGGGCUUUCUCGGUGGUGUAUCCUGGGCAAUGCUGGUUGCAAGAACCUGCCAGUUGUAUCCUAAUGCAGUAGCAGCAACUCUGGUCCACAAAUUUUUCUUAGUCUUUUCAAAAUGGGAAUGGCCAAAUCCUGUGCUUUUGAAACAGCCAGAAGAGAGCAAUUUGAACUUGCCUGUCUGGGACCCACGGGUUAAUCCUUUGGACAGAUACCACUUAAUGCCAAUCAUAACGCCAGCCUAUCCACAACAAAAUUCUACAUACAACGUGUCCACAUCAACCCGAACAAUAAUGACUGAAGAGUUUAAGCACGGUCUUGCUGUCACUGAUGAAAUACUUCUAGGGAAAGUGGAAUGGUCAAAACUCUUCGAACCACCACACUUUUUUCAAAAGUACAAGCAUUAUAUUGUAUUAACAGCCAGUGCAUCUACUGAAGAAAACCAUUUGGAGUGGAUCGGUCUCGUUGAGUCAAAGAUUCGAGUUCUAGUUGGAAACUUGGAGCGCAAUGAGUACAUAACACUUGCACAUGUAAACCCCCAGUCCUUUCCUGGAUCAAAGGAACACUGCAACGAAAAUGAUUUUGUCUCCAUGUGGUUCAUUGGCAUCUCAUUUAAAAAGGUAGAAAAUGCAGAAAGUGUAAAUAUUGAUCUGACUUAUGACAUCCAGGCAUUCACAGAUACUGUGUACAGACAGGCAAAUAACAUCAGCAUGUUGAAAGAUGGCAUGAAAAUUGAAGCUACUCAUGUAAAGAAAAGGCAGCUUCAUCAGUACCUACCACCAGAUCUUCUGCAGAAGAAAAAGAAGAGCAUAGCAGAAAUAAACCGCAAUUCAAAUGGAGGUGGGUCCAAGCGAUGUUCUCUGGAUGGUAACCCAUUGGACAACUCAAGGGACACUGAUGGUGGAACACCCUUCAGCUCUCCAACAAUAGUGAGCAAGCCUUUCAAACCAAACACAGAUGCAGAGGACUCUCAAAAUAUUACAUCAAGCAAAAUAACAGCAAUGUGUGUAGAUGGGUCGCCACCUAUCGACACAUCUGGAAAAACGGAACUUGGGAUGUCUAUUCCUGUAAUUGGUUCAAAGCCUGUUUCCGCCCCUGUAGUAAAAUCGGUGCAGCCUCCAGCAGGAAGCACCAUCCCCACUGUGGUGGGCUUGAAUGUUAUUCCACGUCUGACAUUGCCAACAGAUAGCCAGUCAGCUCAGAUGUUGCUUAAUGGAGUAACAAAUACGAACUGCACCACUCCCAAAAGACCACAUUCUCCUUCCAUGGAGGAAUCUCCAAAGAGACUGAAGGACACAGAAAAGUUGACUGUCUUGGAUGAUUCUUCAUUCAAAGAACCUUACCCACUUGGCAACAAUGGUCAAGAACAAGAUCAGGGGCAGGUAUUGGAAAGUCUUGGAGGAGCUAAACCUAUGCCAAUCCCAACCAUUGAUACAUCACGAUCACAGAGACUGCCCAGCAAGGAAUUGCCAGAUGCAUCUUCUCCACUACCUACCAGCAACCUUCGUGUCAUUAAAAAUUCCAUCAGACUGACUCUAAACCGAUAACAUAGGUGUCUCCAGCAGGUAAACCUUAUUUUGUAGUUAUCACAAUUCAAACCACCAUAUAUAUAUAUAUAUAUAUAUAUAUAUAUAUAUAUAUAUAUAUAUAUAUAUAUAUAUAUAUAUAUAUAUAUAUAUAUAUUAUAUAAUGACACACACACGUUUGAGUCUGCUCGUAAUUGUCCUGAAAGAAUAGUUAAAACAAGACUGCUGGUUGCGAUUGUAUAGGCACCUUUUUAAAAGUUGUGUUUUCUGGAUAUCGCAUGGAUACCUUAGCCACGUCUCCUGGUAAUCCUAGAAAUCCAACUCAAGGCGUUCAAGGAUAUGCAGUAUGUGUAUCUAGCUCUCUUUCUCUUAAUUGAAUUGCCUUAAAUAAUUGAAAUGCUAUUUGCUUACCUCCUUGAGCUAAAUCUCUGUCUUAAACAUAUUAAUGUAUAGGUUGUGUAUAAUUGUUAAAUCACUGUUUUUCUAGAUUUGCAAAACAUAGUUUAACUUAAAAAAAAAAAAAAAAAAAAAAAAAAAAGAGAAAACUGAAAAAGAAAAAAGACUAAUGUAUUGUUUUAUAUGUAUCACAUUUUCUAUUUGGUUGUCAAUCAAUUUAGACAAUUUAAGAUUUCAACAUCUUUUUUAAAGUCAGUUGUUUCUGCUCUUCUAAUCUAGGCAGAUUUGUUAAAGUGUUAGCAGUUGAUAGAAGUACCUUGCAAUGGAAGGCAUGCUUUGAAAUAGGUUAUCGGGCCGCUAAUAGAGCAGGAGAAUUGUCUAACUUUGAAAAUGUGUAAUGUCUGGGAUUGGAAAGCCUGCUUGCCUCCUGUGGAGGCUUUAAAGCUGUAACUAUUCCUAUGUGUGAGUAAUUUUAUUAGUUUGUCACAAGGUUAUACAUUUCUGCUGCAAGGUGUUCAUUCUGCCUAUGUUAGGUGUACAGAGGCAACAUUUAAAUGAAGUUACCUUAAUCAUUCUUGGGGUUCAUUUUUGUUUUUUAAUUUAUAUUUUCACUUAUUUUUACCACAUACUUUUUAUGUAGAAAAACUGCAUUACAGUUAACAUUCAUGGAUAUGCUUACUGUAUAGUUCAAUGCUUAUGCCAAUUGUGUAUUUUCUGUUAUAAUCCUUCACCAAGAAACUUUCCAGUCCAUUUGAGUGAAGUUUUUGUAAGACAACAAAUCGUAUCUAUUUGAAAGGAUAUUUUUGUAUGUAAUAUAUAAGAAAAUGCCAUCUUUAAAAGAAAUCCAUAAAAAAAAACCCCAAGACUGUCUUGCUGUCUUUUUCUUUUUUUUUUUUUAUAACUGUUGCAUUUAACACCUUCAAUAUUUAAUCAACUGAUUUCUGUAUUCAGACAACCAAAUGCUGAAAAACUGAGAUUGGUGUAAUUAACAGCAAGCAAUGUCAAAUAACAUUACUUUUUUAAAUGGUUCAAAGCACUUUCCCAGGAUGUGAAAACACUAAACUUUUAAUAUUUUAGAAACUUUACUCGCAUCUACACCCAACCCUAGUUAUAUCGCCCCUCGCUAUGCUGUAGGUUCAGCUAUAUCGCAGUCCUGGAGUUAUCUCCCCAUUUUUACAGUCUCUGAAUAUUCUUCACCACAUUAAAUCAUUGAUCAUUUGGUGGUUGAAUUUGCUGUAGGAGCUCAAACAUCCUCAGAACAUCCACGUGAACAAGAAAAACAAGCAGAAAAAAGUAACAUUUUACUUUCUUCCUUUGUUCUGACUGAGUCUCCUGUAACAAGUGUCACUGACUUUAAAAAACAAAGUGCUCAUGUAACUAGUAAUACUGAUGCAGUAUGUAAUGUACAUAUUUCAGUGUCACAUAGCAUCCAGUGAUUGCCUGUUUCCUAUACUGUAACAAUAAAGUGCAUUUAAACGCUUUA